AAUGGCGGACGGAGGCGCAGCGAGUCAAGAUGAGAGUUCAGGACCAGAUUCUAGAAUGAGUAAUCCAUCGGAAACAAGUAAAUGUGCAAUGGAGAGCGGGGACGAAAACCCUGGUGCCCAAACAAAUGGACUGGACUUUCACAGGCAGACUGUGCAAACAACAAGCGCAAUCACCAACGCACACGCACAGGCCUUGCUCCAACAGUUGACUUUUACUCCAGCGCAGCAGCAGUUAUUGCUGCAGCAGGCUCAGGCUCAGCUCUUAGCAGCAGUGGUGCAGCAUUCAGCCAGCCAGCAGAGCAACACUACAGGAGCCAGCAUCUCUGCCUCUGCUGCCACCCCCAUCACCCAGAUUCCCCUCUCCCAACACAUCCAGAUCUCACCUCAGUUACAGCAGCUGCAACAGCAGCAGAACCUCAACCUGCAGCAGUUUGUGCUGGUCCAGCCGGGCCACCCAAUCGCAACACAGCUGCAGCCCGCGCAGUUCAUCAUCUCGCAGACACCACAGGGCCAGCACAGUCUCCUGCAGGCCCAGAACCUUCUAACUCAACUACCUCAAAGCCAAGCCAACCUCCUGCAGACUCAACCAAGCAUCACACUUGCCACACAGCCUGCUACACCCACACGCACAAUAGCCGUGACCCCCAUCCAAUCCCUUCCUCACAGCCAGACGACACCAAAGCACAUCGACACACCCAGCCUGGAGGAGCCCAGCGACCUGGAGGAGCUAGAGCAGUUUGCCAAGACCUUCAAACAGAGACGUAUCAAACUGGGCUUCACGCAGGGGGAUGUUGGUCUUGCCAUGGGAAAACUUUAUGGAAAUGACUUCAGCCAGACCACCAUUUCUCGCUUUGAGGCCUUGAACCUGAGCUUUAAAAACAUGUGCAAACUGAAGCCUCUGCUUGAAAAAUGGCUCAAUGAUGCAGUUUGUGCAGAGAACCAGACGUCUGACCAGGCCCUGUCCAGUCCCAGCUCUCUUGGCUCACCUGGGCUGGGCUUGGAGGGUUUGAACCGCCGCCGCAAGAAGAGGACCAGCAUUGAGACCAACAUCAGAGUGGCCUUAGAAAAGAGCUUUCUGGAGCAGAACCACAAACCUACCUCUGAGGAGGUCACCAUGAUUGCGGACCAGCUCAACAUGGAGAAGGAGGUGAUCCGAGUAUGGUUCUGUAACCGCAGACAGAAAGAGAAGAGGAUCAACCCACCCAGCAGUGGCAGCGCCGUCAGCACUCCUAUCAAAGCAAUCUUCCCUCCCACCACACCUCUGGCACUGAGUACAGCAAGUCUUGUGACCAGUAACACACCGACUACGAUGACUGUAAACCCAGUUAUGCCUCUCACCAGCACCAGUCUCUCCAGCAUCGGUUUUACUGGUACAACUAUUGGCUCAGCUACCACUAACACUGCAUCGGUCAUCUCUACUGCACCUGUGGUCACCACGGCAGCAUCCUCUCCUUCGAUCAGCCCUUCCCCCACCGCAGCGCAGAUGUCCUCCUCAGAGCAGGCUUCAGCUCAGGAGACGGUGAUAGCAGUAAGUCAGGCACCUUCCUCCUUGGCGACAACUCUGUGCACUGGGCAGGUGAUGGUGGCGGCACCCAGCCUCUCAGCCGCUCUGCAAGGAGCCGCCCAGCUGCCCACCAGUGCCAGCAUCGCUGCCAUGGCUGCAGCCGCAGGCCUCAAUCCUGGCCUUAUGGCGUCCUCACAGUUCACUCCUGGCGGAUCUUUUCUAAGUUUGGCACCCGGUGGUCUUGGAAGCGCUUUGAGUCCAGCACUGAUGAGCAACAGCACCUUGGCCACAAUCCAAGGUGUGUGGAGCGCUCUGGCAUCUAGUGGCACUCUGCCCAUUACAUCUCUGGACGGGAGCGGGAACCUGCUGUUUGCCAACACCUGCGCUGGCAGUACCCCGAACCUUGUGACGGCACCGUUCUUUUUUAACCCUCAGAACUUGUCACUGCUUGCCAGUAACCCGGUCAGCCUAGUGUCUGCGGGAGGGGCUGCGGGUGCUGCCGGAGCCCUCAACCUGCACAUCACCGCCGAUGCCCACCAGAGCGCUGUUACCACGGCAACUAUGCCUGCCUCCACCAUCACCACGACCUCUAAGGCCCAGUAAAAGCUUUACCCACUCCUCUCCUCUCCUAGACCCCUUUCCUCUUUCUAAGUUUUUCUUUAGUCUCUUGCUACCACCAAAAACAAACCUACUAAAUAGGAUUUCAUGUUGUUUUAACGUUAUUGUAUGUCCUAACUUUUCACAUAUCUUUUACAACUUAAUCUGUGAUGUUUGGACCUCAUUGAUGGGUUGACUUCAACCAAAUCAACCUUAAGAGAAUGUUGGCGUCUCCACAGAGCUUGCAUCAGGAGAGCAAAAACCUCCCUGGACAUUGUGCCAAGUCUCUGUGUGACUCAAAGACGCAUUUGUUUCAGUGAACUCGCUCUUUUCUCCCAUUUUUACAUCAGACCUCUUCUUCAGAGGUAUUUCUGAAAUGCUUUUAACCAAAAAACUUUGUUUACUCUGUGUUGAAUGAUACCUACUUACUGCUGACAGUAACCUCCUCAUUCUUCUGUCUAUGAUCUUAAUCUCUUUUCACUGGAGAUCCUGCUUUACAGAUUUUCCUGCCCCCUGGAACGUUUCCUUUUAGAUGUACAUGACUUAUUUUUGUCAAACAGUGGGUUAGCUUUAUGUCCAGUAUCUUACUAACUUGUGGUUACAAGGCUUUAAAUGGAGUAAUAAGCGGCUGUGAUGCGGUUUCAUUGCUUUUAAGGAAUCGUUCUAUAGGCCUUUCUUUCUUUCUAAUGAAACUUUCAAAUGCUGUUUUCAUAUCAUUUUGUAGUUUACUCUGUAGCAGAAGACUAGUCUGGGUCUGAAUCCUCACCCAGUAACGGGCUCACUUAAUACUAAAAGCUUUAACGAAUUAUGAGAUGAUUCGUCAAGGAGAGAGCUUGCAAGUCUUACGUUAGCAUCAGGACUGUGUAACCACGUAAGGUAAACCUCCUCAAGGUCUUCCUAACAUGGGAUGUACUUAUGGUAUCACCACCUGAUUGUGAAGGUGAAGGUCAAGCAAGAUAAAGUUGAGGUGG